UACACUGCAGAUGCAAGUUCACUUAAUUACAACCACAGCAACAGAAGAGAAACCUUGAUUUGUAACCCUCCCUUGAAGCAGGCCGUCUGACACAAUGGUCCCCAGUUCUCUUCCAGCCCAGAAUCUUUAUUGGGAGAUGGCAGGCUCCUAUCCAUUUCUACACGCUCCCAAACCUCCAGGAUUCGGAAAUUCGGGGAAGAGUUUUCUUAUUGACAAUCUGCUGAAGGAUGGGGAUUCACAGGACUCUUCAGCCCCCUGGGUCCCUGUGAGUCCCGUACCAGUUAAACUGUGUCCAACUGCGGAACAAAUCAGCCCCUCAGGAGGUCCAUAUAGUACAAGAUGGGGUUUUCAGCUUGUUAACCCCUCAGACAGACAGUGUGCCCAGUCUCCAAACAGGGAACUGCUCCUGCAGCCUCAACCAGUUUUCUUGAAGAAUGUCUUUCCAAGGGCUCCACAGUUUCUUGUGGCCUGCUGUGGUGGGUCUUGUCCUCUCCCUGCCCCUCCUACUGCUUUUUCAAAAGGCAGCAACAGCUUUGCACGAUGGUCCCAAGAAGUGAAUACCAAGUCAAGGAGAGGGAUUCUAAAAAGAGCUGUCUUUUCAGAGGAACAGAGAAAAGACCUGGAGAAAACCUUUCACAAGCAGAAAUACAUCAGCAAAACAGAUAGAAACAAUCUUGCAGAACACCUUGGACUGAAGGAGUCACAGGUGAAGAUCUGGUUCCAGAACCGAAGGAUGAAGUGGAGAAACUCUAAAGAAAAAGAAACCUUCUGCCAUAAAUCUUGUGAAGAAGAAGAAGAAGAAGAUAAUUUGCUGGAGAGUGAAUUACUCAAUGAAUACACCAUUUGUGCAGCAGCAUUGUCCAUUGCACCAAAGGGAACUCGUUUGCAUUCCAGCAAGGACUCCAGCAAGGAUGUAGCUCUGAAAACAGAACCAUCAGAGAAAGAGUUCUGUUUAUCCCUGCUCAACACCAGGACAUGAACAUCCUACCAUCUGAUUAAAACUGACAGGAAAAAGAAUGUCUUUCUCAAGCACUUGAUUAGAUCAAAAAGGAAACCUAACUAAUAAACAGUUUACACAUGAAGACAGAUUUUACUGUGUUACCUCUCCCUUUUCUUCAGCUUAACAUUUCAAGCAAGCUAUCGUUUCAACAUAAGGAACAGAGCGGUAAUUCACAAUGACGUUAUCUUCUUUUUUAUUCUUUGAGAUGUAAAGCUUUGGGUGUAGCUCUUUACUGACCUCUGCUGGCAGACCUGAAUAAUACUAUUGUAAAGGUUUUUAUUGUGAACAUGGCCCUGAGACCGCAAUAUAUAUUCUUUAGUGUUCAUCUUCGCCUUGUGGGUAAGCCAUUGUGCAAUUAAUCAAUAAAACAAUAACAAUAUAAUAAAAGAGGUGACAGUUCUGUUGAAUGUUACGGACAUUUCAACAAAUCCGUUGAUUACAUUUGAUUUUCAUGGACACUUUUUAUUUUGUUUAUUAUCUGUUCUAGCUUCCAAGUUACCAGAUGUUGUUUGUAUAUAGUAACCUAUUUAUAAAGAAAUAUAAAAGUAUAUCAAUAUCAAACCUGUACCGUAACAUCUUUAAAAGUUUUUCUGAACAUGUUUUACCCCAUUUCAAUUAUAUGAUCGACUUGGAGUUAAUAUUCCCAAAGUGGAGAUCUGAUGUUUGCUGUUAUAGUCAUCGGUUACUAUAUAUUAACUAACUAUUAACAUUUGUUUAUAUGUUAGCUAGCGAGUUGUUAACAGUUAAUAAAGCACGUCCAAUUAGUUCUUCAAAGAAACCCCACGAGUGAAUUUUUAUUUUCAGGUAGGUCACACAAACUGAAACAGUGUUUUUCACCGCAGGCUUCUUUACAUCGCAUUUUUUGAGACCCAACACUGAUUAAAUCAAUAAAACAGAUCCUCUGAAGCAUGGUGCGUCUCACUUUUAUAACAUUAACAUUACAUAUUCUCCUUUCAAUUAAAAACUGGAGUAUGUCUUUGAAAAUAUUCCCCAAUAUUUCUUGAAAAUCUGAGGGGACUGUCAGGCCAUAUCGAAAUAAAUGUAGACUUGUUAGUAAUUGGUAUGCCAUUAUUGUUAG